AUGAAUCAUGAUAAAAUUAAUCUAAAAUCAUAUUAACAUUAAAAAGAAUAAUAAAAUAAUAAAUAAUAAGUAGAUUAAAAUAGCUAAAAUAUUAAUUAAAACAGAGAAAUAAUAAAAAAGACAGAUAAGGAUACCAAAAAUUAAAAUGAAAAAAUACGAUAAUUGUUUAAUGAUAAUAACUUUGAUUUCUUCGAAUACAAUAAAGGUGAAAAUUUUCUAAUUUUAUAUGAAAAUAUAGUAUUUUAUUGUUUAUUUGUGAUAAAUAAUAGCUCUAAUUAGUUUUAAAUAAAAGGUAAAUUAUAUUCAGUUGAUUUUGAUUAAAAUAAAAAUCCUACAUUUAAAAUUUAAGAAGGAAUUUUUAAUAUUGAUUUAUAAAAAAAAAAGUUUCAAUUAAUAGGUGAAGGAAUAGAAUAUUUAGGAAAAUCUAAAAUUAUCAAAUUUUAAGGAUAAUUUAAAAAUGGAUAGAUUUUUGAAAUUUAACCAUCAUCAAAAUAAGGAUUAAGAGCAUAAAGUUAAGAACCAAUAAGAAAAAUAAUUAUUAAAGAAGGAGGAAAGAUAAUUAAUAAUAAUUUAAAAUUUUAAAUAAAGUAAUUUCAACCAAUAAAAUUAUGGUGUAAAUAUAAUUAAUAAAUAAAUGAAAGAGAUAUAUAAAUAUUAAAUAAUCGUAGAUGGUUAACAAGUAGUGUUAUUGAUAGUUUUGUUUUAUAUCUUAAUCUAUUAAGUGAAAAAUAAUAUUUUAAAAAAAAUUAGAAUGAAAGAUAAUAAAUUAGCAGAAUUCUAUUUUUACCAACUAGUUUAACUACUAAUUUUGGUUCAUAUUAUAAUGAUGAAAAAGCUAAAAAGUUAUUUAAUGAUGAAUUACUUUAAUUUUAAGAUAUUAAUUUUGAAUUAAAAAUUAUUUAUAAGAGAAUUGGAUUUCCUAUAAAUAAACACAAUACUCAUUGGUAAUUUCUAUUGUUUGAUUAUGAAAAAAAUUAAGUAGAAUUAUUUGAUUCAUUAUCUUUUCAAAUUGAUUAAAAUUUAAUUUAAACUUUAUCAAGAUUAUUGAAUUUAGAAAAUUGCAAAUAAACUAAAAAUGAAUUUUCAGGUUAAUAAAAUAAUGGUUAUGCUUGUGGAUAUCAUGUUUGUUCAUUUAUGCAACAUUCCUAUGAUUUAUAAUUUUAGAAAAAUGCAUACUAUAAUUAUAAUGAAUCAGAAAUAAUUUAAAGACUAUAAAAAGUUAUAAAAGAUGAGAAUGAAUAAUGA